AUGUCCCCUGCAGCCCGUCAGUACGGGGUGGCCAUCCUGGAGCAGGAGCUCCACCAGCUGCGCCUGCCGGACAUCUCAGGAGACUUCCGAGUGCGGCGAGUGGGGAAGGUGCAUUACGAGCUCUCCAGCUUAAGCCUUCGCAGUUUCCACCUGCCGAGCUCGCAGAUUUCCCCGAUCCCCAAUGUGGGCCUGCAAGUCUCCAUCUCCGAUGCCUCUGCUGUGGUGGAGGGGAACUGGAGAGUCAAACUGCAUUUCAUUAGGGACCACGGUACGUUUGACCUGAAGGUUGAGGAUCUCUCCAUCAGCAUCGGCCUGAAGCUGGGCAAUGACAGCUCCGGGAAGCCCACUGCGGAUGUCUCCAGCUGCAGCACCCACAUCUCCAGCGUCCGGGUGCACUUUUCCGGCAGGUUUAGCUGGCUCUACAACCUCUUCCACAGCGCUAUAGACUCCGUGUUCAGGAGGACCUUGGAGAGACAGGUGUGCGAGCGCGUGGUGAGCUCGGUGCGCGACGAGCUGCAGUCCUACCUGCGCACGCUGCCAGCGUUGAGCACUGCAUCAGCAGCGCUUUGUCACCUGGCUGUCCCUGAGCAGCUGCUUGGGAGUCCUCACAGUGCUGAGAAGCAGAGUGAGGAGGGAAACGCCAUCAUUUUUAUUGUUUUGCUUGCAAAGAGGCUCAGAGGGCAAGCGCGUGUGACGGGUGCCGUGGGGAAGCCCGUGUGCCCGGCCGCGCUCACGGCUCUGGCGCGCGGCGGGGCCCGGGGGCUGCCUGGUCCCAGCGCCGCCGUCCCCACGCUGCAGGGCGAGUUCUUCUCGCUGGCGCGGCACUCCGCCGUGCCCUUCUCCCCGCCGCCGCUCGCCCUCCCGCCCGACCGUGCCCGCAUGGUUUACUUCGGGGCCUCCAGCUACUUCUUCAACACGGCCGGCCUGGUCUACCACACCGCGGGCGCCCUGGUCUUCGAGCUCACUGACUCCAUGAUCCCCAAGGGCCUUGAAUUCCACCUGAACACCUCCACCUUCUCAGCCUUCGUCCCCCAGCUGGAGAAGAUGUACCCCGACAUGCUGAUGAAGCUGCGGCUCUCCACCCCGGCCGCCCCCUUCCUGAGCAUCGGCCCCGAGGGCCUCUCGCUGCAGCCUGUUGUGGAUAUCCAGGCAUACGCCAUCCUUCCCAGCUCCAGCCUGGCUCCUCUCUUCCUGCUCAACCUGACCACCAACGUGUCCGCCAGCGUCGACGUGAAGUCCAACCGCAUCGUCGGGAGCCUGGCGGUCGGGAGGGUGGCCGUGGCCAGCAGUGCAGACACCCUCUCCUUGCCCCAGGUGCGAACGCUGCAGUCGGUCAUGAACAUCCUGACCUCCAGCAUCCUGCUGCCGCGUUUCAACGCGCGUCUGGCCCAGGGCUUCCCGCUCCCCCUGCUCGACCGCAUACAGCUCUCCAACGUGCUCGUGCAGUGGCACCAGAACCUGCUGCUGCUGGGCGCCGAUGUCCACCUCCAGCGCAGAGCGUGA